CGUAUAAAGCGGCGGGGCUGCCGCGAGCCGUUCAUUCAUAAAACCGGACACCGGGCGAGCGGCGGCGGCGGAGCUACCGGAGCUCGGAGAGGGAUUUACCGGAGCUUCGGGGGGGGGAACGCGGCUCGGAUUUACCGGAGAAGCGGGGAUUGGUAGCGGAGAAGUUUGGAGCGGCGGCACGGGACUCGGUAGCGAUCAACCGGAGGCUGGAACGGACGCACCGGGGGGGUUUAAGGGCUCAGCGCGGCUUCGGAACGGAGAACCGGAGCACGGCACGGAUGCACCGGAGCUUGGGGAGCACAACCGGAGCGCGGUAGCGGCGAAGCGAACCGCACCGGAGCCCGGCACGGAUACACCGGACCCGCCGAGCGCUCACCGGGACCUUACCGGAACGCGGCGCCGCCACACCGGCGGCUCCCACACCGCACCGCCGCUCCCACCGACCAACCGGAGCCCCACCGCGCCUUACCGGAGCCCCACACCGAGUGGCGGAGCCCGACCACCGAGCGGCGGAGCCCAGCCCCGAGCCCCCCGCCAUGCCGGUGGCGGCGGCGUGACCCCGCAGCCUUGUGGCGGCGGCGGCGGCGGGGCGGCCCCCGCGGCCCCGGGGCCAUGUUCCAGGGCUUCCCCGGGGAUUACGACUCGGGCUCCCGGUGCAGCUCGUCGCCCUCGGCCGAGUCGCAGUACCUGUCGCCGCUCGACUCCUUCGGGAGCCCCGGGGCCGCCGCCGGGGCCGCUCAGGAGUGCGGCGGCCUGGGGGACAUGCCCGGCUCCUUCGUGCCCACGGUGACGGCCAUCACCACCAGCCAGGACCUGCAGUGGCUGGUGCAGCCCACCCUCAUCUCCUCGGUGGCGCCGGGGGCGCCCAUGGCGCAGCCCCCUCCCCCCGCCCUGGACCCCUACGACCUCCCCGGGCCCAGCUACUCCACCCCCCCCGCCAUGGGCGGGGGCUUCGCGGGACCCCCGGCGGCGACCCCCGGCAGAGCCCCCCGGGCACGGCCCCGGCGCGGCCGGGAGGAGACGCUGACGCCCGAGGAGGAGGAGAAGCGCCGCGUGCGGCGGGAGCGGAACAAGCUGGCGGCGGCCAAAUGUCGCAACCGGCGGCGCGAGCUGACGGACCGGCUGCAGGCGGAGACGGACCAGCUGGAGGAGGAGAAGGCGGAGCUGGAGUCGGAGAUCGCCGAGCUGCGCAAGGAGAAGGAGCGCCUGGAGUUCGUGCUGGUGGCGCACGCGCCCGCCUGCAAGGUCCCCUUCGACGACAUCGCCACCGCCGCCACCGCUGCCACCGCCCUCCCCGCCGAGAGGGAGCCACGUGUGGAGCCUCGCACCAGCGGAGCAGCAGCAGCGACCAGUCCUCGGACUCCUUGAACUCUCCCUCGCUCCUCGCGUUGUGAACGGGGGGUCCUGACCCCCCCCCGCAGUGUGGCCCCCUCCCCAAAUGCCCCCCAGCCCCC